UCAAUUGAACGGCUGGCCAUUAAAUAGAAAUACUUCACCUACUUCACUUGCCAUUUUCGUAUUACCUCUGGCAUAUAAAGCCUUCUUGUGAACAUCCUACCAAACUCCCACUGAUCAGUCCUUCCAUGGCUGUACCAACCCCAAAACCUUCAUCAACUCAUCCACAACUUGGGCAAAUAGUAAUUCUUGGCCUACCGUCUUUCCUCAAAAGACAAGACAAAGAAUUCACUUCAAAAUUCCAAUUUCUGAGUCCGUCGGAAUCCAAUCUUCCGUUGGACCAAUUCCUAGCGGCGGAGGCUCAAAACACUCAAGCCGCCGUCUGCUCCGGCGGAUUUAAGAUCUCCGCCGACGUCCUCCGCCAUCUUCCUUCCCUUAGGCUGAUUGUCACAACCAGCACCGGCUUCAACCAGAUAGAUCUCUCCGAGUGCCGUAAACGUGGAAUCUCCGUCGCAAAUGCCGGCAACAUCUACUCCGCCGACGUUGCAGACCUGGCUGUGGGGAUGAUUAUUGAUGUUAUGAGGAAAAUCAGUGCCGGCAAUCGUUUUGUUAAAAGUGGGCUCUGCCCUAAACAGGGGAAUUUUCCUCUUGGUUCUAAGUUAGGUGGCAAGCAAAUUGGGAUUGUUGGGUUAGGAAGCAUUGGUGUACAAGUAGCAAAGAGGCUCGAAGCAUUUGGUUGUAAAAUUUCGUACUACUCGAGGAAGAAGAAGCCUUUUUCUUUGUAUACAUUUCAUUCCGACAUCCAUGAACUGGCUUCCGUAUCCGAUAUCCUUGUAAUUUGUUGUGCAUUGACUGAGAAAACCCGUCAUAUGAUUAACAGAGAGGUUCUUUUGGCGCUCGGAAAGGAAGGGCUGAUCGUUAAUGUUGCACGAGGAGCAGUAAUAGACGAGAAGGAAUUGGUGCGGUGUUUGGUGCGACAAGAAAUUGCAGGGGCGGGAUUGGAUGUAUUUGAACACGAACCUCAUGUCCCUCGAGAGCUGUUUGGAUUGGACAACGUAGUGUUAUCGCCACAUUCUGCUGCCUUAACAGAGGGAGUGUUUAGGAAUACAAAUGAAAUUGUGACCGGGAAUUUGGAAGCUUUCUUCUCAAAUAGACCCCUGCUUUCUCCAGUUUUAGACGAUGAAUAGAGUCGUCAACAGUUUUAUGUUAUUUCAGCAGUCAGCAUAAAAAGAGACCGAAUUUGUGUUGUGCUAUCUGCUGAAGAGAUUGAAUAUGAUGUAAAACUAUCUCGUCUAAAAGCUAUUAAAGAAAGCAAAUUUGUUUGAA